AUGGCUGACAGCCACCCACAGCUUCAGCUGCCUCAGCCAGGGGUCUCCACACCUGCUGGCCCUGCAUCUGCUCCGACUGGGGGCUCCGGAGAGCCGCGCCAGCCAUCCAUCUCUGCUGGGGCUCCUACUGAGCUGAUGUUUCUCCAGGUGUCUGGUAAAAGGACGAUGCUGCUGUCCAAUGAGGCGAGGAGAGAAGUAGCCAAGCAGGCGAGAGCGGCGAAGGAGGAACGGCGGGCAGCUCUGGAUGCCCGACAUAAAUACCUGAUGAGCAGGCUGGCAGACGCCGGCAGCCUGGAGGAGGCGGCGGUGGAAGACGCCAUGGUCUCUGAUGACAGAUUCAGUCUGAUCCAUGAAUUCUUUGCUGCAAACGGAUCCAAGAAGCUGAUUUUCUUCCAUCAGGAUGUCAAACAGAGUCUGUCCUCCCGUCAGUCUUCCUCUGUGGACGCAUCAAACUCAGCUGUGGCUCAGAGGAAACUCUUCCUCACUACGGGGAACUCUGAGGUGAUUAAAGUCUCUGAGCAAACACUGGAUGACUGACAGCUGCAGGCUGAACAUCAGGAGGUCGAGAGGCCGAAGUCUGAGGAGCUCAAAGCUCCACAAACACUUAUUCACAGAAAAAAGGACUACAAACAUGGAGGAGCAGCACUCCGAACAUGAGCUAAAGGCUACAUGCUAAUAACAUUUCCCCUGGAUGUGGUUUUAACAGGAUCAUGAAUGAUGAAGUAUUUAAAGUCAGUUCCAGCGGAGUCGGUGCCGUGUUGGCAGCUCUGAUAUGCAGAAACUUUCAAACAUGGGACAGGAAUAA